AUGGGGUCCGCUAACAAACAGCUAUAAAUAAAAGAAGCUUGCUUUGAUACACAAAGCUCCUCUCCUCGCCCUCUCUCUAUUUCUUUCUUUUUUUAAUUUUCCGAUCAUCUUUUUCACUUCGCCAUCACCCAAAUCUCAAACCUCUUAACUCAAAAAGCCGCCUAUUUUUUAAAGCUUUGUUCGGAAGAUCUUUUUGCCCACAUUUACCCCUGAAAAAAUGGUCGACGUGGACCGGAGGAUGACCGGUCUGAGCCCGGCCCAUGCCGCCGGCCUCCGCCGUCUCUCAGCCCGCGCCGCCGCACCGCAGACUCCAACGGUGAGGAACAGUCUCAUCUCUUUCUCCUCUCUCGCCGACCAAGUAAUUGCCCACUUAACGAGGUCGGGUAUCCAAGUGCAACCGGGCCUAUCCGAAGCCGAGUUCGCUCGGGCCGAGGCCGAGUUCGGGUUCGCGUUCCCGCCGGAUCUCCGCGCCAUCCUCUCCGCCGGAGUUCCCGUCGCCGCAGGAUUUCCCGAUUGGCGCUCUCCCGGAGCGCGGCUCCAUCUCCGCGCCAUGAUCGACCUCCCAAUCGCUUCUGUAUCGUUUCAGAUCGCGAGAAACGCCCUCUGGUGCAAAUCGUGGGGACCGAGACCAUCCGACCCGGAGAAAGCGUUACGGGUCGCGAGAAAUGCGCUGAAAAGAGCUCCUCUCAUGAUACCCAUUUUCGACCACUGCUACAUCCCUUGUAACCCAUCGCUUGCUGGUAACCCGGUUUUCUUCAUCGACGAGACUCGGAUUUUCUGUUGCGGUUCGGAUCUUUCCGAUUUCUUCGAACGCGAGUCUGUGUUCCGGGGCUCCGAAUCCCGCCGAGACAUCCUGACGAAACAGCGUUCUGUGAGCGAGAAGUCCGCCGGGUCGUCGUCGAAUUUCUCACGGAGGAGCUUGGAUAUGGGCCGGGCAAACGGGUCGGGUGCCCCGAGAUGGGUCGAGUUUUGGAGUGACGCGGCGGUGGACCGUCGCCGGAGAAACUCGGCGUCGUCGAUGUCUUCGUCUUACUCUACGUCUCCGGACAGGUACUCGGACUUGCCCAGAUCCGAGAUUCCGAAAUGGGUGGACGAGUACGUGGAUCAGAUCGGGUCGGUUCUGCGGGAGGGCGGAUGGAGCGAAUCAGACAUAGAUGACAUCAUCCACGUGUCGGCGUCAGGGUUCUUCGAGGGCGAAAUGGUAAUUUUGGACAACCAAGCGGUUCUCGACGCUCUGCUUCUGAAAUCGGGUCGGUUCUCGGAAUCGCUCCGGAAAGCCGGUUGGAGCUCCGAGGAAGUAUCCGACGCUCUGGGCUUCGAUUUCCGGCCGGAGAAGGAAAGGAAGCCGGUGAAGAAGCUCUCGCCGGAGCUCGCCCAACGUCUCGGUAAACUGGCAGAGUCGGUUUCCCGGUCGUGAUUCGUUUCCUUUGAUUGCUGUUAUCUCCUUAACUACACAAGACACGUAAAAAUUUAAACGUUUUAAAAAAUUUACAAAGGGUAUGUAAUUUUUACAUUUUUACCGUACGGAAGGAAAAUAUUUCAUAUUUGAACAAAAAUGAAAAAAACAAAAAACAGCAGGAGAGCGCGUUGUACUAAGAAAAUACAGUGGAAAAAGAAUAAUAAAAUAUCCGGAAUUUGUAUAUUAAUGACUGAGCUUUAAUAAAUUAAUUGGCUACAGCUCAUCUUUGUUUA